GGACUUUGAAUUUGUAGAGGAAAUUUCCAACAAUGCAGUUGUACCGGAAGUGUGGUUGAUAGGGUUGAUGGUCGAUUUCGCCGAUUCGGGUCCGGGUGAGCUGAAACUUCACUUUCCGUUAGAAACACAAGGCGACUUGUAUUCGAGCUGGGUGGGUAAUCUGCCCAAGAUGUCCUUCCCUCCACAUCUCAAUCGGCCACAAAUGGGCAUCCCUACCAUGCCUCCUGGAAUCCCUCCACCACAGUUUGCUGGCUUUCCUCCUUCAAUGCCGCCAGGAGCCCCGAUGAUUCCAGUUCACAUGGGCAUAAUGGCCCCAGCUCCUGCGGUUCUUGUUCCCACAUCGAUGCAAGUGAUCAGUAAAGUAGCUGCUCAGAGGAAAGAAGUCCCGGCUGCUCGUGCAAAGGAUGCCGAUGAGAACAGCGGUCCAACAACAACAGUGUUUGUAGGGAACAUCUCGGAGAAAGCGUCAGACAUGCUGAUCAGACAGCUGCUCUCAAAAUGUGGAUUGGUCCUGAGUUGGAAACGAGUUCAGGGAGCUUCAGGAAAAUUACAGGCAUUUGGUUUCUGUGAGUAUAAGGAGCCAGAGUCGACUCUACGUGCUCUGCGACUGCUGCAUGAGCUGCAGGUUGGUGAGAAGAAGCUGCUAGUGAAGGUGGAUGCCAAAACUAAAGCUCAGCUGGAUGAGUGGAAGGCCAAAAAGAGGAGCUCCAAUGGGAAUGACAAAGCUGAGGAGGUUGGUGAGGAUGAAGAGGAGGUUUUAGAUGAAGAAACACAGAAACGGGAUCAGAUAGUUAAAGGAGCAAUUGAUGGCCUGAUCCGGGAAUAUUCCAGUGAACUCAAUGCACCUUCUCAGGAUGAUGAAUCCAGUCGCAGGAAGAAAAAGAAGGAGAAAAAAGAAGAGGAGGACAUCAAUGCCAUAGAAAUGGAGGAGGACAAGAGAGAUUUGAUCUCCAGGGAGAUCAACAAAUUCCGUGACACCCACAAGAAACUCGAGGAGGAGAAAGGAAAGCGGGAGAAGGAGCGUCAGGAGCUGGAGCGUGAGCGCAGGGAACGAGACAAGGAGCGAGAGAGGGAGCGUGAGAGAAGGGAGCGUGAAAGGGAGAAGGACCGGGAGCGAGAAAGGGAGAGAGAGCGGGAGAGAGAGCGAGAGAGGGACAGGGAACGUGAAAGAGAGAGAGAACGGGAGAGAGAAAGGGAAUGGGACAGAAGCAGAGACCACAGUGAAGCUCGCAGCAGAUCCAGAGAGCAAAGCCGUGACAGAGAAAGAGAUAAGGAUAAGAAGCGAGAUCGUGAAGAAGAUGAAGAGGAGGCUUACGAGCGUCGCAAGCUAGAAAGGAAGCUCCGGGAGAAGGAAGCUGCCUAUCAAGAGAGGUUGAAAAACUGGGAGCUUAGAGAGAGGAAAAAAGCCAGAGACUACACCAAGGAAUCAGAGAGAGAAGAAGAGCGCCGACGAGAGACUGCAAAAGAAGGCAAAAGACUAAAGGAGUUUUUGGAGGAUUAUGAUGAUGACCGGGAUGACCCUAAAUAUUACAAGGGCAGUGCACUGCAGAAACGCUUGCGUGAUCGAGAGAAGGAGAUGGAGCUUGACGAAAGAGAUAGGAAACGAGAGAAGGAGGAGCUGGAGGAGAUCAGGCAGAGGCUUUUAGCGGAGGGACAUCCUGAUCCAGAUGCAGAGCUACGCAGGAUGGAAGAGGAAGCCGAGCGUUUGCGGCAACCCCCAGUAAAGCCUGAGCCUGAGGAAGAGCGAGAAAGCAAGCCUUCUCGUGAAGAGAGAGAGCGCGAGAGAGAGCGAGAGCGAGAAAGAGAGAGGGGUAGAGAGCGUGAAAGGGAACGAGACAGACGCAGGCCGAUUGCCCAGGUACAGUCAGAUGAGGAUGUAGAGGAUGGAGAAGAAGUGGAGGAUGAGGAAGACUCUAAGCCAUGUCUCAAGCCCACUAUGAGGCCCAUCAUGGCUGCCCCGUCUGUGUCCUCGGCCAGCGGUAAUGCCUCACCCAACACACCAAGGGAAGAGUCUCCCUGUGGCAUCAUCAUUCCCCAUGAAAACUCGCCACCGGAAACUCAGCCACAGGAGGAGCACCGGCCUAAAAUAGGCCUUAGCCUCAAACUCGGUGCCACAGGCAGCCCAAGCCAGCCAAGUGUGGGCAAACGCAAGAAGCUGGCUGUGGAGAGCGUCUUCAACCGCUUUGAUGAUGACGAAGUGGAUGAGGCACCUCGGAAGAGAAAGCUAGUCCCUUUAGAUUACGAGGAUGAAGACAAAAGCAGUAGUGGAGUCGAGGGCGCUGGAGCAGCAGGAGGCAAAGGGGCCAAUACAGAAGAGAAACGAAAACACAUCAAGAGUCUGAUCGAGAAAAUCCCCACGGCUAAACCUGAGCUUUUCAACUACCCACUUGACUGGUCUGUCGUGGAUUCGACUCUAAUGGAGAAGCGAAUUCGGCCGUGGAUCAAUAAGAAGAUUGUGGAGUACAUUGGAGAAGAGGAAGCCACUCUAGUUGACUUUGUUUGCUCAAAGGUGAUGGCUCACAGUACGCCGCAAGGCAUCUUAGAUGAUGUUGCUAUGGUGUUGGAUGAAGAAGCAGAAGUGUUCAUUGUGAAAAUGUGGAGGUUAUUGAUAUAUGAAACAGAGGCCAAGAAGAUCGGACUCGGCAAAUGAACAAGCACUGAACGAGGAUCAAAGCUGCGCCUGACUUUCCUGUGAUCAGUUCGCCUUGUGAAGAGAAACAUUCGGGGCGACUCUUUAAAACCUUCAACCCAGCAAAUUGAUUACUUCCAUCUAUAAAUAUAUAGUCAGACCCCCCCCCUCUCCAUCUACACGUGACUGUGUUGAUUUGUGAGCACUGGCUCUGAAACCGCAUCCCAGCUAUUCUCAUUCACUGCUAGAGAUUUGGGUGAGGUGACUAUUUCCUCAGGGCUUGUCUGAAGGGUUUUCAUUAGAUCUUCAUCCAUGCCUGCUUAAAGUGUAAUUGAUGUCUAUAAAAGCAGUAUCUUCUUGUAAGCUGCGACACCUGUAGAUUUUGCCAACUACAUUUAGAUUACAGUUUGAUUUUGUUCAUUUUUCUUGGUGACAAAGUUGUUGAGUUGUACCAAAGAGUUUAUCUCCACAACUGUCUCAAAGUGAUGUCGCUCCAACACCAUGGUGAGUGGGGGGGGGACCCCCACACAACGAUUUGGUUCUUUUGUUUUUGGAAAUGUCGGGCUUAAAUUGAUCUUGAUGGUUGUGCAAUGAUGGAAACUGGUCUGUUUUUGUAUGUAGUAAUGGAUGUGUUUUCAAUAAAAGUAAUCUUUUUUUUUUAAUAAAA